AUGGAACAUAGAGAUGUCGAAGGAUGGUUAACUUCCAAGUUGGAAGAGACUUGGAGUUCUGAAAAGUUGGCACCGAUUCUCACAAAAGAUAUACUACAGUUUUGUUUGUUAAAGUUUACAAAGAUCGAUACACUCAUUCGUCUGAAAGUGUUGUUUUCGUUUCUCGGUCUGCGAAAGAAGCAAUUCCAAGACCUAGAGAUGACAAUCAAUAUGCUUCUACAGAUUGCCGACGAGGAAGAAGACGAUUGGCUCAAAGCAUUGGCACACCUACUCUCAAAGGUAUCCGAAGAGAAAAUACCUGUAAAUCUAGAUCUCGAACCAUUUAACAGUACACUAAAGAAAUUAUCAUCACAAAUGGAUAAAGAUGGUUUACCAAACUUCUUUCCUUUGGAAUAUAUGUAUUUGAAUACAAAGGUAUUGGCUAAUCCAAUUCCGGUGGUGGAGAAUAUACAUUUCAAGAUGAAGCGACCCAUUACAGAGUUACCGGUGUUUGCCAAGAAACCCAGUAGCUUUACACCGACUCUCUCAGGCUCAAAGUCGUCAGUACCAAUUGGCGGUGGUGUUGGUUCCAGUAGUAGUCAGAAUCUCUAUAGUAUAGGAGGUGGUGAUUAUAAUGGUACUAAUAAUAAUAUAGGCAGUAGUAACAAUAGUAUAGGCAAUAUCAGUGGUAACAGUGGUAAUAACAAUAGUAAUAGUCCGGGACUGAGGAAUGACAAGCUGAAGUUAAGCGGAUCCGGAUAUGGCGUGGGACUAGGUGGACAUCAUUCGCAACAACAACCUUCACCACUGAGAAAAUCCAAUAUAUUCAUACCGCGUACACACCACUCGUCGAACUCACUGGACUUGUCUGGUGGCGGCAGUGGCAGUGGCGUUGGUGGUGGACUCAACAGUAGCAAUAGUAAUAUAGGUAUGAUGAAUUCUUCUUUGAAUAUGAGUGGACAGCAUCAUCAUCAUCAUCAACAACAACAUCAAAUGCAGCAGCAACAACAGCAGCAACAACAUCCACUCAAUAUGUCUGGGUCAUUGAAUAUGAGUGGACAUCAUCAUCUGGCGAGCAGUGGAAGUGGUGUCUCCUCAGAGAAGAGAGGAAUACAGAAAAAGACAAAGAUGAUGACACUGAAUUUGGAUCAGGUUAGAGAGAUCACCAGUACGCAGACAACCAAGAAGAGAAGACAGUCUGUCAAUGAGCAAUCACCUACACAUCAACCAGAAGAAUCACCACAACUACCAUCGAAUUUGAACUUACCAAGUAUUAGCAGUAGUGUUAGUGGAAUAUUAGAUCAACAUUUACAACAACAACAACAACAACAGCAUCAUCAACAUCAUCAACAGCCACAGCAACAGCAACAGCAACAUCUAUAUCAACAACAAUCACAUGUGAUGCAUCAUCCAUCAACACAACAAAUUAAUCAACCAAUACAACAACUACAACAACAACAACAACAUCUUCAUCUUCAUCAACAACAACAACAGCAACUACAACAACAGCAUCAACCAUUACCACCUCAACAAAUUCAAAAACAACAUCAACUUUAUAAUAUCGAAGAAUCAAUUCAUGAAAGUAAUAAUAAUAAUAAUAAUAAUAAUAAUGGACAUGAAAAUAUAAAUAUAAUGGAUGUACAUGAUCCUUCUAAAGGAAAGAAGAAGCAAACGAAAUCAAUUGAAACAUCUCCAAUGUUGUUGGAUAAGAAAGAGCAGAAACGAAGAGAAAAAGAAGAAAAGAAAGUGGCGAAAGAACGAGAGAAAGAAGAAAAGGAGCGUGAAAAGAAAGAGAAGAAAGAACAAAAGCAGAGAGAGAAAGAAGAAAAGAAAGAAAAGAAAGAGAAAGAAAAGGCAGAGAAGAGAAAGAAUAAAGAUGAUGGUAGUGGCGAAUCUGCAGCGACCUCUGUAAAGAAACAAAAGACUGGUGGUGGUACCCCAGGUAGAAAGAAAAAGAAUGCUGGAGAUGCAGAGACUACCCCAACCAUCAGAGACAGUUCCUCACCCAUUAGUUCUCCCAAUGUUACAGCUAACCACAUGAAUGUAAAUAGUAUAGCCGAUACAGUUUCGGCUUCUUUGUUACAACAUCAACAACAAUUACAACUACAACAACAGCAGCAACAACAACAGCAACAGUCAAUUGGAGAGCCAGACCUCAGCGGACUGUCCACGUUGAUGAAUGCACUCGAGCAAAACGGAUCGAUUCCACUUGAACCUCAAUACAUGCUACAACGAUCCAAUAAUAAUGUUAUACCUGAUGUUCCAAUAACUGUUGCAAACAACAAUUCAAUACAAUUCCAACAACAACAACAACAACAACAACAACCUUUACAAUCAUUGCUUUAUCAGCAACAGUUACAAACACCACUGCAACAACAACAGCAGCAACCUUUUAUUUCAUAUAAUCAAAUUGGUGUUUUACCUAAUUUACAACAACAUCCUCAACUUCAACAACCACCACUUCAAAAUAUUAACAUGCAACAACAACAACAAACAUUUUCAAAUUUUGACAUUCAACAAACACUACCCCAACAGCAACAGCAACCGUCAUUGGAGAGUCUUUUAGAAACUGCUACACACUUGACCCCCGAGAACAGACAGAUUAUUGAAAGAUUUGUAACGGUCGAUAAAAGAAAUCCGACACCCCACGAAGGUAAUUUGAAACAAAUUCCACUAAGUAUCGAGCAAAAAACCAACGAAAAAGAUGAGAUGUUCGUUGAAACCGUUAUUUUUGAGAUUGAUUAUGAAGCUGUCUCAGUUCAUUGUGAUUUAUUACUUUGUAUCCCAUCAAAAUGUAAACAUCAUUAUUAA